AUGAGUAUAGAACUCUUCUAUUCCUUUUUCAAGUCCCUUGUGGGCAAGGAUGUGGUCGUGGAACUCAAGAAUGACCUGAGCAUCUGUGGAACCCUCCAUUCUGUGGAUCAGUAUCUCAACAUCAAACUAACUGACAUCAGUGUCACAGACCCUGAGAAAUACCCUCACAUGUUAUCAGUGAAGAACUGCUUCAUCCGGGGCUCAGUGGUCCGCUAUGUGCAGUUGCCAGCAGAUGAGGUGGACACGCAGUUACUACAGGAUGCAGCAAGGAAGGAGGCCCUGCAGCAGAAACAGUGAUGGCUCCUUCUCUCCUCCCCUUCCCUCCUCCAUUGGCGGUCCUUGACCUGGUGUCCCAGCCCAGGACCGUUCCACCCAUACUUGAGAUGUGUUUUUGUUAAUAGUAAGGUGCUUGUGUGUGUUUUUUUUUAAGGGAUGAAUAGAUGAGAGAACUAAUUAGUGGGGAGCAGCUAUCCUCAGUGAGAAGGGGAAGAUAAGUUGCAUGGGGAACUGCGGAGUGUUCCUUGUCCCCAGCACUGCCUUUGUACUCUUUCCCCAGAGACGGGAGAAUCUCCUAGAUCUCCAGGGCAGCAUGUGAUUCAUUUUGGGGAUGGAAGGAAUCUAUCCCGCAUCGGGAAUAAAACUUAUGAUACAAA